CUCUUCCGGUUUCUUGUCCUAGCUGGAAAAAAAUGGCGGCUCACAAGGCGGCAUGUCGUGUUGUGCUCGGCUUUGCUUGGCGGCGGGCUUUUUCUCGCACUCAGGGCGCCGCCAGCCCUCUCAGCGCCGAGCAGUUGGCGGAAAAGCUUCGAGCUCAGAAGCGGGAGAAGGAAAAGCCUGUGAAGGAGGUUCCGAAAGACCCCGUCCGAAGGCGUGUGCAGGAGCUUAGAGAGCUCACCCGGCAGCUGCUUCGCAUCCACCCUAAUGUCCUGGCCAAAGCCCUCAAGAAAGGAGUCCUCUUCCAGAACAAUGAGAUUGUCGUGAUUAACAAACCCUACGGUCUCCCUGUUCACGGUGGUCCCAAAGUGAAGACUUGUAUUUCAGAUAUUCUCCCAACACUGGCAAAGAUGUUGUAUGGCAUGAAGGCUGAACCCCUCCACUUGUGUCACCGGCUAGACAAAGAAACAACUGGGGUGAUGGUUCUGGCGCGGGAUCAGGAUAUAGCACACAAGGUCCAGGAGUUAUUCAGGACGCGGCAGGUGGAGAAAAAAUAUUGGGCAGUGUGUGUUGGACACCCAAAGCCGUCAGAAGGACUGGUGGAUAUUCCCAUUGUGGAAAAGGAAGUGGAGAGCCAUCAGUCACAUUUUAAAAUGACACUUGCUCCAAAUUAUUACAUGUCCCAUGAGGAUGGGAAGACCUUUAAAGUGCGCCAGCACAGAGAUUCGCAUUUGGCAGUGACCCGGUACCGUGUGCUCAGCAGCUGUCCUUCCUGUAGCUUCUUGGAGCUGCACCCCAUUACAGGAGUGAAACACCAACUCAGAGUCCACAUGGCCUAUGGCUUGGGCUGUCCAAUCCUUGGGGAUCAUAAAUAUUCCCACUGGAACAAGCUGGCACCACAGAAGCUUCCCCAGAGUGCCUUAAAGAGACUGGGCUUGGAACAAGUCAAAGCCCGCUACCUUCCUCUCCACCUCCAUGCCCGCAUGCUCAUCCUGCCUGAGAUAAAUGGCAGCGGGGAGAAGAAAAUUCACUUGGUCUGCAAGCCACCCCUCUUCUUCAGUCGCUCCAUAAAGCGUCUGAAACUGGAGUUUCCUGAAUCAGAAGAUAAAUGAUCAAGUUGUAAUUGCCUCUUGCUUUGGUGGAGCACUGCAUUUUAACUUUCUAGUACUUUGUAUGGGUUCUACAAAUUACAGCACAAGCUAAAAUUGGGGGAUCUGCUUCUCCCAGAAACAUACAACCUUCCCAAAGGGUUGUGUACCUCCAACAAUGGAAAGCAGCCCUGAGGAGAGAAGUUGGCAAUCCCAAGACCUAUGUUCUAGAUUGGAAGAAAGGAACUUGUUUGAAGGAUUGAGCAGGCCACGUGGCAUGCAAUCGUUCCUGAAACAACAGUUACUCAUGUGAAAAUGCUAUGGGUUCGGAUCUGGAGUAUCUGAAAUUUAACCCUAUCAACAUCUGUUUACAAAUAACUUGAUCUAUGCUUAGAGGAUGGGAUCAAACUAGAUAAGGAUUGAUUUUCUUUUGGAAGAAAGUGACUCAGACUGUGAGCUGUGGAGAAAAAUAUUGCUGAUUUGAAGCCCGCGUUUUCUCCCUUCAGUCUAUAGUAUUUACUUCACACAUCAGGCAGUUAAUUUGAAUGAAUUGUUGCAAGGAUUAAAAGGUAAUAUAUGCAUA